AUGGUUGCAGACACUCGGCUGUACGACGUUCUAGGCGUCACGCCGGACGCAAGCGAUGCCGAGAUCAAGAAAGCAUACCGGACGCUCGCUCUUCAGCACCACCCGGACAAGCAGUCGUCUUCAGACGGCACACCUGCGGAUUCUUCCCGAUUCCAGGAGAUCCAGCGCGCGUGGGAGACCCUCAGCGAUCCAGAGAAGCGAGAAGACUACGACAACUUCGGCGAGAAGGGAACUGGCGGACGGGGAGGACCAGGAGGAUUCGACGGGGCGGACAUGUUCGACGACUUCUUCGCGGAAAUGUUCGGCGGGAUGGGCGGUCCUCCGCCAGGUAUGGGCGGUGGAGGUGGUCGACCACGGCAACGACGGAAGACGCAGACGGAGCCGUCGGAGUUUGAGCUGCCCGUCACGCUCGAGGAGCUGUACAACGGCGCCAACAAGACGCUCUCGGUCGAGCGGACGCGCAAGUGCGGGCCGUGCGGCGGCAGCGGGGCCAAGCCUGGGCGGCAGGCAAAGCCGUGCAUGAAGUGCAACGGGCAGGGACAGACGUUCGCCAUGCGGCAGAUGGGGCCCUACAUCCAGCGGGUACCGGUGCGAUGCUCGCUUUGCGAUGGACGCGGCAUGAAAGUUCGGGAUCAAGAUGCCUGCAAGAAGUGCAAGGGUGCGCGGACGGUCAAGGAGAAGAAGCGCGUCGAGUUCUACCUUGAGCGCGGGAUGCACUUUGGCGAGACGAUCGUCAUUAAGGAUGAGGGCGACGAGUCGCCCGACUCAUCUUCACCCGGCGACUUGCAUAUUAUCGUCCGACCUUUACCUCAUCCCACCUUCUCCAUCGUCCCUCCGCCCCAUCAUCGCUCCGACCGUCCCGCCGACCUGUCUACAACGCUUUCGCUCACCCUCUCCGAAUCCCUCCUCGGCUUCUCCCGCCUCAUCCUCAUCCACCUCGAUGGCCGAGGCCUGCGAGUCAACCAGCCCGCACCAGGUCAACGGGGCUGGCGCGUCCUCAAGACUGGUGACGAGGUGGUCGUACCUGGCGAGGGCAUGUGGCGCAAGGGGGAGAAGGGCGACCUUAUUCUCAAGAUCGAGGUCGCGAUGCCGGACGAGCAGUGGGCGAUGGGCCUGGCGGAGAAGGGAGGUGUGGACACGCUGAGGGGCUUGCUGCCGCCUCGAAGACCGGACUUGGUCAACACCGUCGAAGACGGGAAGGACGUUGACGACGUCGUCCUCGAGGAGAAGAAGGACAGCGCCGAUGACGACGAGCAGUGGUACCACGGCAAUGGCCGACCGUACGACGAGGACGAGGAAGGUCCUGGCUGCCAGCAACAGUGA